GGAGGAGGAGGUGGGAUGGGUUGAUGUUGCCACGGUAAUAGAGGAGGCGACCACUCGCCAAAUCAUCGAGCUGCUGGGGCUGAAAUGGAAAAAAAAAAAAAAAAAACAAGUGAAGGGGGGGUGAUGUGCGGAAAGCAGGUUAGAGGGGAGAGGAAGAGAGGAGGGGGAAACAAUAACAACAACAGCAAGGGAUUAGGCAUCGACCGAGCAAUCAGGAAGUCCAUUUAGGACAAAGCGGUGAUAAAAAAAAAUCCUCCCCAGACCUCAGUCGUCAUCAUCAGAGCAGAGCUGCCAGUCCGAUUGGACGGCCGCUGGAGAUCUAUGGGUGGGAGAGAAAAAUGGAAGCACACAAAGGAGGAACGAAAUAAAACAGGUGGGAGAGAAGAAAAAGGAGGAACGAUGGCUGUGAUAUUUCACUCCUGUCGAUGAGCGAGACGAGGUGAGCUGGCCGGAGUGAUGCCUGGGGCGUAGAGAGAGAGAGAGAGAGAGGGAGGGAGAGAGAGAGAGGAGCAUCGCUGGAUAUGAAGAGCAUGCGUCAGCACUAAGGCUGGAGAGUCAGAGAGAGAGAGAGAGCGACGGUGGCAGCAGAGAUGAGAGAGGCAGAGCGGGAGAGAGGCUAGAGGUUGAUGGGACAACACAAAUAAAGCCCUGCCGGAUUUGUCACCUUCUGUGCCACACCUCGGCUGCAUCCUCCUCCUCCUCCUCCUCGGCUGCAGCAGCUCUGAGGACCAACAGAAGGUCUAUUGAACAGUGAAUUACUCUGGAUCGAUCACACCCCGGAUGCUUCUUGAAGACUGAAGCCUCCAACACCCUGAGAGGACAAACUGUGCUUCCGUACAGGUGGAUUUUCUUUCUGGGUAUUUCCUCCUUGAAGAGGGACAGUUCCCGCCUGCACACAACAAUGCAAGAACUGAGACUACAUUCGUUCUGCACCGAGAAUCGACGUCCGCAGCUUGCCAGAGGAAUUCAUUUCUGAGAACCUGUUUCCAUUAGCACCUGUGUUUUGACAAUGUGGAACUCUUUGUCCGGCCGUUCGCAGCGAGUGCUGACUCAACCCGAAUGACGAAGACAGCGAAGGUGGACGCCAGAGAGCACCAGCGUAGUCAGCUGAAUUAUCAGACAUAUUGUGGCGAGCUGUGUGAGAUAAUGCAGCACUGUUCUGUGGAGAAUACAGCACUCAUCUCCCUCAUGACAGCGUGGACCCUGGAGCGAGCUCACUGACCGACUGACUGACUGACUGACUGACUGACUGACUGACUGACUGAGUGCGUGGGUUGCUUUGGGACUGGAGCAGCGAGGACUCUGAGGACACGUAGCCCCGGGGCAGGUACUGGCCGGGUGUUGCAGCUCCGCAAUGGGGGAGACGGCAGAAUACCAGAGACUGCAGGAGACGUCAGAAUGUGACUACCAACGCCUGCCCAGCGAUGACGAAGAGAAACUGGGCAGUAGCAUGCAGUGUGAGGAAGGAACAGAAUGGCUGCUGGAGCUGCUGAUGGAGGUGCAGCUGCAGCAGUACUUCCUGCGGAUCCGAGAUGACCUUAACGUCACGCGGCUGUCACACUUCGACUACGUCAAGAAUGAAGACCUGGAGAAGAUCGGCAUGGGUCGACCUGGCCAGAGACGGCUGUGGGAGGCUGUGAAACGGAGGAAAGCCAUGUGCAAGCGCAAGUCCUGGAUGAGCAAGGUGUUCAGUGGUAAGCGUCCAGACGGAGGAGACUUCCCCCAACAGGGCCAACCAGCGUCCUCGUUCCGUAAACUCUCCCCCACGCCUCCCCUGGGCCUGGAGGAGGGAGUCCUGGCCACCCAGCCCAGCGGCAGUGCUCCUCUUGAUGGGCAGCAGCAGGCUCUGACCUGCCUCAUCCCAGAGAAGGACUUGACGGUGUUUGAGAAGCUCGGCGACGGCUCCUUUGGCGUCGUGAAGAGAGGAGAGUGGCUCACACCUGCUGGGAAGGUGCUGAACGUAGCCGUGAAGUGUCUGAAGACGGACGUGCUCAGCCAGCCCGACGCUCUGGAGGACUUCAUCUGCGAGGUCAACGCCAUGCACUCCCUGGACCACCAGAACCUCAUUCGCCUCUACGGUGUGGUGCUCACACACCCAAUGAAGAUGGUAACAGAGUUGGCUCCUCUGGGUUCUCUGCUGGAGCGUUUGCGGUGUGUUCGUCCGCAGGGUCCGGUCCUGAUCCACACUCUGUGUCAGUACGCUGUGCAGGUGGCCUGUGGGAUGGCCUAUCUGGAGCAGAGGAGGUUCAUCCACAGGGAUCUGGCAGCCAGGAACAUCCUGCUGGCUUCAGCUCACAGAGUGAAAAUCGGAGACUUUGGCCUGAUGAGGGCGCUGCCUAACAACCACGAGCACUACGUCAUGCAGGAGCAUCGCAAGGUCCCGUUUGCAUGGUGCGCCCCAGAGAGUCUUAAGACGAGAACUUUCUCCCAUGCUACAGACACAUGGAUGUUUGGAGUCACUCUGUGGGAAAUGUUCACACACGGCCAGGAGCCUUGGCUGGGCCUUAAUGGUAGUCAGAUUCUCCAUAAGAUUGAUAAAGAAGGUGAGCGUCUCCCUAAGCCAGAGGACUGUCCACAGGACAUCUAUAACGUCAUGCUGCAGUGCUGGGCUCAGAAACCAGACGACAGACCAACCUUUGUCGCUCUGCGGGAGUUUCUGCUCGAGACGAUGCCCACAGACAUGUGCGCCCUGCAGGACUUCGAUGAACCCGACAAGCUGCUGAUCCAGAUGAAUGAUGUCAUCACCAUCGUAGAGGGGAGGGCAGAGAACUACUGGUGGCGAGGUCAGAACAAGCGCACCCUGAAGGUCGGACAGUUCCCCAGGAACGUGGUGACGUCGGUGGCGGGUCUGUCGGCGCACGACAUCAGCCGGCCACUGAAGAACAGCUUCAUCCACACGGGACACGGAGACUCCAACCCUCACCGCUGCUGGGGCUUCCCCGACAGGAUUGACGAUUUGUACCUCGGGAAUCCCAUGGAUCCUCCUGAUGUUCUGGGUUUAGAGUUCGGUUCUGCUCGGCCCACGCAGCUACCGGGACGAGCUAAAAAGGAGCCUCCUCCCCGCCCUCCUCAACCAGCAGUUUUAAUCAAGAGUAAGUUUGGUUUCUCUGAGCAGCUCCUCACCCAUUGCUCCUGCCCUCUCUGUUCCCUCCUAGCUCCGCUCCUCAAAGAACCUUGCUAUGACCCAGUAAACGAGGAGGAGGAUCUGACCUCUGCGGGACUAAAGAGAUUAUCGCUGCGGAAAACAGGUUCUGUCAAAGGCCUCAAACUCAAGCCGGCCGCGUGGGUCUCUGCGUCCAAACAGGGCCGGACUUCAGGCCACAACCCCAACAGUGAAGUUUCCCUCAUUGACUUUGGGGAGGAGUUCCCUCCGUCCACACCCACCCCCUCUCCUGUGGUUGAAAUUCAGAUUCCUUCGUUGGCCAGACUAGCUUUGGAAGCAGAGAACAUCCUGGACAGAACUCCACCUCAAAGCCCCUCGAGGUCGCUGCCCCGCCCCCUUCACCCGACGCCAGUAGUGGACUGGGAUGCACGGCCGUUGCCUCCACCCCCGGCCUACGACGACGUGGCCCAAGACGAAGACGACAUGGAGGUGAGCUCCAUCAACAGCUCGGAGCAGCAGCACGAAGAGGAGCUUAGUGAUGUCCAUAACCCAGAUGAAGCUCUCUCCUCUGGGCAGAAGUUGGAGGGUCCAGAAAGACCAGGUCUGGAGGACAACCUCUUUCUUCCCAGCAAGCACAGCCAGGGUCUGUCCACCUCUUUCUCUCAGUCUGCAGAGAUCUUUCAAGAGCUCCAGCAGGAGUGCAUGAGGAGGCUCAAUGUGCCGACAGGAAACACUCCUCGGUCAUGUUCGCCCUCCUACAGCUCAGCCUCGUGUCCUCAGACUCCUCAGACCUUUGAGGGACAACAGCAGAGUGUCCUUUCCUCCAGCGAGGACAAACCCCAGAUCCCCCCUCGUGUUCCCAUCCCCCCUCGCCCCAUAAAGAGGGGCGACUACACAUCUGCUCGCUGGUCCAGGGACCUCUCUCUUUCUCCAAUGCCAGCUGACACCACAGAGGACGUUUCAGGCUCAGGCCAGGACCAACCGCCUCAGAUCCCCCCCAGAGACCCUUUGUCUCAGCCAGGCUCCAGAACUCCGAGCCCCAUGGGUCUGGUGGUGGGCUCCCCCCAGCAGAGGCUCUACUCUGUCAGCCCCGCCGCCCUGCAGGCCUCCCUCUCAUCCUGCCCUGCCGCACACACCUACAGCUCCUACCUCUCCACCUCUCCAGGUAAACUCAUGCCUACUACACACAGCUUUGCCUCAGAUCCUAAAUAUGCUGCACCCAAAGUGAUCCAGGCGCAGGGGAAGGACACUGCCAACAAGGGCCCCUGCAUCCUGCCUAUCGUCCGUGACGGACGUAAGGUCAGUAACACCCACUAUUACCUCCUGCCAGAGAGGCCGCCGUACCUUGAUCGAUUCGACCGCUUUUUCAGGGAGGCAGAGAGCCUUCCUGCCGGCGACGCGGAGGACAGGCAUGUACGGCAAGCUAACACCGCCACCGUCCGACCCAUGGUAGUCAGCAGUCAGACAGUUCAGGGUCACGCCCAGGGGCAGGGGCUGGUCCAGCCGGGCGAGCUAAAGGCCAAUUUCUCCUCCAAUAACAACAGCACACUGAGCGGGCCACGGUCAGGGAUGAAGACAUCAGUUAGUCUCCCUCGCGUUUGUUCAGAUGGACUGGCGGCGCCGGUGGUCAAUGCUUCCUGUACCAGGACAGACGGAGGAGGGAGCUCGGCUGAUAGGGUCAAAAUGGUGCAGGAGGCCGUUCACGGUGUGACAAUAGAGGAGUGCCAAGCCGCCCUCCAGAACCACAACUGGAACGUCCAGAAAGCUGUGCAUUAUCUAAAGGUGGAGCAGUUGUUCUGUUUGGGUCUGAGGAGCAGGUCGGAGUGUCUAAAGCUGCUGGAGAUGUGCGACUGGAACCUGGAGGUGGCCAGCACUCAGAUGUUAGAUAACUAUGGAUCCACCACCAGACAGAGACGGUGACAGAAAGCUGAAGCUGCUGAGCUCUGAUUGGAGCUUCACCCUCACAGAGGAGGUGAAUCUUCUCCCGACUCGUUCUGUUUGAUGCUUCAGUCACUAGAAGACUGCAACUCAAGAAUCAAGCACAAAACACUUCAUCGUGGCUCCAUUCGGACCGACUGCACCAUGGGUGAAAAAGAAAAAAGACUUGUGACUUUGGUCUGAAAGUUAUGUGAUUGUUGCACUUACCGAGACAUUGCAUCCACCAUCAAUCAACGUUUUUUAAAGGGCAAAAAUGACUGCACUUACAUGUUCAGGACCAGUGGGUCAGCCUGAACCGUGUCACCCCCGACGGACCCCCCACGGCGUCACAGAUUCUGGGCGCUGCUCAGAUCCUCUCACUGCCACGAUUACACUGUCGACCAACCGCGGUGAGCUUUUCUUUAGCCAGUUUGAAAGUGAAACUGCAGAGGCCAAAAUGAGAUAAUGAGCACAAUGUACACAGUAGCACUUUCCCAAAAAAAAAAAGAUCCACACUCUGCCAAGAAGUCAUCGUGUCCGGACAUAAAAACGUUUUACUGAAAUCUCAGCACUGAACCCAUAUCGUGUACAUACAGCCCAUUAAAGGUCAACCAACCUCCUGUAUGAGCAGCUGUAGGGCCACCUGCAGGUACAUUUUGUGAAUUUUUAAAAAAAUCUAAGUACCUCUGACACGUCCGAGCACAGUGAAAUACAACAUUUUAAUUGGCUGUCAAGGCGAUAUUGCACAGGGGGUAGUUUUUGCCUGUUAACUGUUGUUGAGAAGGGUGUGAUUAUGAUGAUUGUCUGCUGCUGAAAGCCUGUGGAGGAAAGUGCAGAAAGAAGACUGCUGCAAAAGAGACUGAUUAAGAUUUCUCUAUAAUUAUUAUUAAAAAAAAGAAAGAGGUUCAGCUCCUUAAUGAAUUUAUGGUAUGAAGAGGGAAGGGAGUCACGACGUGGUGCUGCUCUCUCUGCUAUCAAGACAAUUAACAGAAACACAGGACGGAGAAGCAGUUUGAUUCUUUUAAAGACCUACAGGACUGUCGAGUUCAUGCUCCAAGGGUAUAAACUCUUUACAUGUAUGUAUUUGUGGCAACUGUUUUAAAUAUUAGUGUAUUAUUUUAAUAUAUUCUGAAAAAUAAUCCUAAAAGAGAAGACUGUUAUGUCCACUACUAGUCGCAACCUUUUGAUUUUCACCGUCUGCCCCCUUAAAGGUGGAGUCAGCAAUUCUACGUCCAGGCAAACUGUUUGAACAUUUACUAGCUGGACUGGAUUUGUGUCGUAGGUUCUGUUUUUUCCAAAUCGAAAAGAACAUUUCAGAUAUCGUCGUUCUUCCAGGACAAACGGCUCUCGUGUUUAUGGGGUUCCUUCUUACAGAUCAACAGUUCAGACGAAGAUAUUCCACAAUAUCUGCAGCAGAACUGUGACUAGUCUUUAUUUCAGUUUGAGAUAUCUACGGUUUAAUCCUAGCUCACGAGAUCUUCAAUUCAAGAUAAUUCCUUUGGCCUUUUGAGAUAUCCUGAAUUAAGUUUGAACUAGUCAGAAAGACCGGUCACAGUGUGAUUACAGAUAUCUUGAAUUAGAGUUUUGACUUGGAAAAACGGCGCUGCAGAUAUCUGGCAGUCGCUAUAACUGCAUACGACAGAUCGUCUUACUGCCACGUCAGAGCAGCCCGAGGCCAAAGUUGUAAUUUUUCUAUCGCAAGUUUCUACUGAACAGAGCUCUCAGUCUUCACAAACUCCUUGCUGAUGGGCUUUUUUUCUAUUCUGCAGCCUUUUCUAACGACCUUAUCCACCGCAGCAGCCGCCAUCACCUCUGUCUGGCAGCACCGUUUAAAUGCUUUGCUGAAGGAAGUCAUGCACAACACCUUGACCUCACAGAUACUGUGCAUCGAACUGUUGCUCUGACCAGCCAGAAUAGAAUAAAAAACCUGACUUGUAGUGUAAUUUCAACUAGUCGAACUCGGCUACUUAAUGUUAAAACAGCUGCUCGUAUGAAUAUCUGCUCAUGCAAGCAAGGGGGAAGGCAGAAGUGGGCGCUCGAUGGACCGUAAAUCUAACCGAAUUAAAUAUCAACAGAAUUGCAGACUUCAUCUUUAAAUACAAAUGUACAACUAUUUCCAUAUGUGGCCACCCAGUCGGUGGAAACUUCCCGCCCCACUGAUAUGGCCUUUCCUCAUUUCCUCCCUCUAAGCACUUUGCCCACACACAAACUCCUGAGCAUCAGCUGAAAACUGCUGCCAGCGCGGUGUUUUCUGCACACGCCCCGACUACGUUGGCAGCUAAUAACAGCAGCGUAGUGAAAUUUACCCCAAAGGAGCGGAUCCCGUCCCAUAAUCAUCACUCGAAACCACCGCUGUGAUGUUUUGGUCAGCAGCUUUGGGGGGGCAAUAAUUUAGAAGUGGGAGGACACGUCGGCUCUGGAUGAACUCGCCGGCGGACGUGACGGUACACUUUCUGACUAUUCUGUCACAGUAGAGGCAGUCACAGCGCAGAGAACAUUCAGGCCCGUCCUGGUUUUUUAUUCCACAUAGCGAAGGACUGAACUGAAAGGAAGGGAAAUGAAAGGCGCUCCGCAUGCUUUGAAUUUGAAAAUUCACUUUUAUGUGGGAAACCAAAUAUUGAACAAUUCUUUACAGAUACCCAGAAUCUCAGCAGGGCCUCUUUGUGUAGAAAAAAAAAAAGGAAACCCCAUUUGCCAGCUACUAAAGGUACCCAUAUUUAAGUGUGUGACCACACCAUCCAGCCAAUCUGAGUGUGAUGUUUUUGGGCAGAAACUUCACACGGCCUCUGAAAAAGCUAUUCUGGAGCCACAACAAACCUGCGCAAUUAGGAGGCUAAAUAAAAGGUUUGGAACACGUCCAUUAAGGAUGCACAGGACUGAUUCUGGGAGACUCCGGUGUGCAACAGGGCUGCUGUAAAUUCUGUAUCCUCCCGGCCAGACUCCACCUCUAUCACGAUCCCUCCCAGUUCUUAAACGCACUUAAAAACUCUGCUUUCAGUAUGAAAUGUUUGGUGACUCCCCAGAGCGAGACAAAGUCGUCCUUAAGCACUGAUUCAGGAUCAGUUUUGCCGGGUUUUUUUUUUCCAUGAUGAGGUGACGCCAGUGCACGAGGACGCCUGGACGCGAGCUCUGCCUCCACAGUGUUGUUCGUCUUCAUACCAAGCUGCUGUAGUUGUAUUAGAAGGACUGAAGUGAACCUCGUGGUGUUUUGAUCGACCCAAAGCAACGUUCGUCCUGUUGUGGUGUUGAAACUGUUAGAAAACUGUUCUGUUUCGUUUGUCCCGUCUGUUUCUCCGGCUAUUUUAAAUUGUCCGUGCUGUUCCUUCUGCCUUUUCUUCCUCAUUUUUAAUGUAUUCGCUUCCCAGAAUGUGUGUUUCGUUCUAAACGCCUACUGUACAGUUGGUUUUCGUCGUUUCUCUCCUCCUUGGGCCGAUGGAAAUGAAGUUCAUGCUGCCGAAUUUAUAAAUGUAUUUUUUAUUAAAGAAUUAAUUAUUUUUUA